AUGGCUACUGUCUACCCAGCCGAACAUGCAGCGCUAGCAGGGGAGCCUUUCUCCUUACAGGAAUAUUAUGCCAGUUGCCACAACAAUGGCUCCUUGACACUGCUGUUCAUGCCGAUCUCCCGGCAUAGCCAGAAUAUAAUGGCAUCGCCCCACCGCUCAGCGUCCAUCUCUGUCACAGGGGAGCAUCCAGAUGCCAGCCGUGCCCGGGUUGCCCUGGUCGGCAAUGUGACCAUCUUCAAGGACAUCAACACGGCCCCUGACCUCGAUGCGAUCCAGUCUUGCUAUCUGGCCAAGCAUCCUGACGCACGCCGCUGGCUCCCGGGCCCGAAAGAACCUCACAUUGCGUACUGGGCGAGAUUCGACCCGCAUACCAUCUACUACGUCGGAGGAUUCGGCAGUCAGCAUUACAUUGGCUACGUACCUUUGGCUUUGUAUCAGUCGGCUAGCCCGUCCGCCACUGACGAAGAAUGGGCAGAGGUCAUCAUGGAUUCUCAGGAGCAUCUCAGGGAGUGGUAG